CAGACAUAACAACACCAUACAUCAUUCUUUCAUGCCAAAGUUGCUCUUUGAAAAUUCUCUCAAACUUUUCAUGGUGAUUUUUGAAGAAAAAGGAGAAGAACUAAGAGCUUCUUUGUGACCCAAACCCAUUCUCCCACAAUGUUUAAACUCCUCAACCGGAACCUUCGUCUUCUGUACUCACGUUUCCGAUGGCGGAUUCGCCGCCGGUCAAAACCCAAAGUCAUUAUCAGGAGGUUCGGAAAAUCGAGCUCCAAACCUCACGACCGAGCCCAAACGGAACCAACCAGGGUUUCUGGCUCAGUGGCAUCGGCUGCGGUACACCCAAAUGGUCAUUUAGGUGAAUCGACGACGACUAUAACGUCUGUACGGGUUGCGACGUUUAACGCUGCCCUGUUUUCUAUGGCUCCAGCGGUACCCAAGAUGGCAAACUUCGACGACGAAAACGGCGACGUUUUAAAGACUAGGAGCCUCAAUUUACGAACCAAGUCAGCUAAUGACCGACCUAAGAGUAUUCUCAAGCAAUCUCCAUUACAUCCCAAUUCCAUAAAUAUUACUAAUAAUAGCUCUGAAAAUCUCUCUAAGCAACAGAAGUUCACGAAAUCGAAAUUGAGGGUUUCGAUUAAUUUGCCAGAUAAUGAGAUUUCGUUACUGCGAAAUAGGAAAUUAAGCUUCGCGGAAGAUGAGAGUGAGAGAGAGAAAGAGGGUUCUUCUUCCAUCACUAGAUUUCUCAGAGGGAAAGCUCCAUUGAGAUCGAGUGUGAGCUUUUCCGGCAGUAUUGACCAGGGUGGAGAUGGAGAUGAUGCGUUCAGAAGCAGAAGGACUGUGCUGGAAGUUUUGAAAGAGCUAGACGCUGAUAUAUUAGCUCUGCAAGAUGUGAAAGCAGAGGAAGAAAAAGCCAUGAAACCCUUGUCAGAUUUAGCUUCGGCUUUGGGUAUGAGCUACGUUUUCGCCGAGAGUUGGGCGCCGGAAUACGGCAACGCCAUCUUGUCAAAGUGGCCCAUUAAGCACUGGAAGGUUCAGAAGAUUUUCGACGACACUGAUUUCAGGAAUGUUCUGAAGGCCACAAUUGAUGUUCCUCAAGUUGGAGAAAUUAACUUCCACUGUACCCACCUUGAUCACCUAGAUGAAAAUUGGCGCAUGAAGCAGAUAAACGCCAUAAUUCAAUCCAAUAACGAGCCCCACAUCUUAGUUGGAGGCCUCAACUCCCUUGAAGAGACAGAUUACUCACAAGAAAGAUGGUCUGACAUUGUAAAGUACUAUGAAGAGCUAGGAAAGCCCACGCCAAAGGUCGAAGUAAUGAAAUAUUUAAAGAGUAAAGAGUACACAGAUGCUAAGGAUUACGCUGGAGAAUGUGAGUCAGUUGUGAUGAUAGCCAAAGGCCAAAGUGUACAAGGGACAUGUAAGUAUGGAACUCGAGUAGAUUACAUAUUGGGUUCUCCAAACUCUUGUUACCAGUUUGUCCCUGGAUCAUACUCGGUCUUUUCAUCCAAGGGUACUUCUGAUCACCACAUAGUGAGAGUUGACAUAACAAAAGUAGAUAACAUUGGUCAAGAAAAUGUCAACAGAAAGAAACGCCAUACUAAGAAGAAAGUUGUAAAGAUAACAGGAUCUUCUCAAUCAAAAGGUAUAUGGAAAACACAUACGUUAGACUGAUAGAUUUUAAUUUGUUUGUUUUUAGAAAUUAUAAAAAAAAUAUUAAUUAUAAUUUAUAGGGCCUAGUUUGUGUAUUUUUUUUAAAGUGAGAAGAGCAUCUGAUUUUGAAGCUGCUCUUGGCUCCUACGUUGUAAAUUGUCUACUGGAAUUCAUGAGUGCUAGCAGCAAUAGCAUGAUCUAUAUAUUACUCUCAUUUUCACGA